GUCGUACGACGAACGGUGGUUCAGUGUUCUCGCGGCAUUCGAGACGCAUGGAUGGGACGUGAUGUGAGGUUAGCUCGAAUCUAACCUGAUACACGAACUAAACUCCAUGCUAUUCUUUCUUUACUUUUUAACGAAUCUUUCUAAAAUUGUGAAUCGAUUGUCAAGAAAAAACGUGUCUCCAACGUAAACAUUGAAAAAUCGGAGAUCUGAAACGUGGAAUUGAGUGUUACGAAAUCGGACUUUUUUCUCGAUAAUGGAGCUCGUAAAAGUGAGCCACGGGACAAUAUAUGAUGCGAAGGAAAGAAAGGAAAGAAAUGUUUAAAAAAUCCAUGGAUACGUGAUCAAUUGGUCUUCCCUUGAAAUCCAUGAGAGAAGCGCCGAGAGAGGGGAAACGAGGACGGAGCUCGAUCAUCGGUGGGAUGGAACGGUGGUCGGCGCGGCUCGCGAUUCUGUGCACGGUGAUCGCGAGCGUACGCUCCACCGACGACUUUCGACGCAUAGCCUACGAAGACUUGGCGAACACCAGCCUGUUCCAGCAAGAGGGGGUCACGUCGUAUUCCCAACUGUUGUUCGACGUGGCUAGACAACAGGUCGUCGUCGGCGCUCGAGAUAAUCUGUACCGGUUAACCCUAACGUCGCUGUCGCCCCUUGAACACGCCUCGUGGCCAGCUCCCGAAAACAAGACCAAUACCUGCCAGAACAAAGGACAGAGCGUGGAGGAUUGCCGCAAUUAUGUCAAGGUGUUGCUUACCAAUGGAAAAAGUCUGUUCACUUGCGGCACGUACGCGUUCAGCCCUUGGUGCACGUGGAGAGAGAUUGAAAACAUCAGUAGCGUAACGAGCGAGAUGUCGGGUGUUGCGAUGAGUCCUUAUUCGCCACACGCGAAUGUCACCGCUUUAUUGGCAAGAGGUCCAACCGGUGGACUCUUCACCGGGGCGCCUACCGACUUCUCUGGCUCUGAUCCAGCCAUUUGCAGAACUCUUGCCUCGCCGAAUCUCAGAACGCACCAGUACGAUUCCAGAUGGCUGAACGAUCCUCAGUUCGUGGGCAGUUUCGAAACCGAGGACCACGUGUACUUCCUAUUUCGCGAAUCAGCCGUCGAGUACAUCAAUUGCGGCAAGAAAAUCUAUUCGAGGAUAGCAAGAGUGUGCAAGAACGAUCGAGGUGGACAAAUAAUGAUGAGAGAGGUAUGGACCACGUUCAGCAAGGCACGAUUGAACUUCCUUCCAGGCGAAUUUCCUUUCUACUACGACGAAAUUCAAGGCGCGGUUUAUCAUCCCGAGGAAAAAAUCGUUUAUGCGACGUUUACCACGCCCAUCAACGGUAUUGCCGGCUCGGCUAUAUGCGCGUUCAACAUGUCCGCGAUCACUGCAAGCUUCAACGGCCCCUUCAAACAUCAAGAGAAUUCUGGCGCUGCGUGGGAGAGGAGGCCGGUCUCUCAUCACAAUCGACAACGGUGCGGCUCCUUCGCGAACGUCGCCCCUCAUCAGAUCAUAGAUAACCAGAGGUACCAAUUGAUGGACGAUGCGGUUCAAAGCACCACUCUCGAGCCCUUGCACACCGCUCUUCUCGAGAGAUUCACGUUGAUCGCCCUCGACGUGACGCCGACCAAGCUGCAUCGCAGCGUCACCAUACUCUACGUCGCCACCGAUGUUGGCUUGCUCAAGAAAAUCUCGGUUUUACCUCGAACGCAGGAAACCUGCAUCGUCGAGGUGUGGGGUCCCCUACCUUCCACGCCGAUCACCUUGCAAUUCUUAAAAGACACCCAGAGUUUGUACGUCGGUACAGAAUUCGGUUUGUUGAGAAUACCCGCGGCCCAGUGUCACCGACAUCGAACUCGUCAAUCCUGUCUGAACGCGCAAGAACCGUAUUGCGGCUGGAACGAGCAUCUGAUGAAAUGCGCGCCAGCCCCGAAACAAAAUCAUCUGGCCAAUCAUUGGCACCAGGAGGUGACCAAAUGCCCUGUACUCACGGAUCCCGUGGACGGUGGUUGGAGCGCCUGGAGCUCGUGGUCCUCGUGUCAACACGGUACCGCGGAACACUCGCACUCGCACUCUCACUCGCACAUUCAUUCCGAGCAUGCCGAAGCGCCCGCGGAUAUCUGCCAGUGCCAGACGCGGGAUUGCAACAAUCCGCCUCCUCAACACGGUGGAGCGUCUUGCAUCGGGGCGAGAGUUAGAGUGACCAAUUGCACGGUUCACGGGGAGUGGACAGCUUGGUCGGCCUGGUCGGCGUGCUCGCAAACCUGUGGAUUCGCGAUGAAAACGCGACGACGCACGUGCACGAAUCCAGCCCCGGCUUUCGGGGGGCGAGUCUGCGUGGGACACGACCACGACGACAAUAUCUGCAUAGACCUUCCACCGUGUCCGGCGAAAGACGAGGCACCGCCAUCCGAAUCGUUCGGCCAGUGGUCCACUUGGGGUGGUUGGAACGCUUGCUCCAGACCCUGCAACGGAGGAAUAAGAAUACGAAGGAGAACGUGCGAGAAUCCUUCGCCACGAAAGUCUGCCACGGUCGAGUGCAACGGAUGCGACACGCAGACCGAGGAAUGCAACACUCAUCCAUGCAUCGAGACGAAAAGGUAUUCCGGCUGGACACCGUGGCUGGCGGCUAACGGGAGCUUUCAGAGUUCGAGCAUGGGUUACGUGGAGAAACGGUUUCGAUUCAGUUGCCGCGCGCAAACGGAUGACCCGUCCAGCGUAAGGGUUCAACUGGCCAAAGAGGAGGAACGUUAUUGUAGAAACGGCUCUUGUAUGAGGAGAAACGCGAAUCAGAAAUCGUACUCUGAUCUCGCGAUAGAGGCCGGAUGGGGUGAAUGGUCUGCUUGGAAGACUUGCGAUCGCCUCUGCGGCGGAGGUUCUCAACACAGGAUCAGGCAAUGCGAAUCACCGCCAUGCGAGGGUUUAUCUGUGCAGAGUAGACAAUGCAACGUGCAUCCGUGUCGACCGAGCGCAGUCGGGGACAUUGCGAUGGAAGGGCAGUGGUCCUGCUGGACUGACUGGUCCGAAUGCUCGGUUUCGUGCGGUGUCGGGAUACGCUCGAGAACGAGAGAAUGCCUGGGGCCGGAGAGCUGCGAAGGAUCGAGUUUGGUCAGAGAGACCUGCGAGAUGGCCAGUUGCGAGUCGUUGAUCGGUUGGGACACGUGGUCGCGUUGGACGCCUUGCGAUAACGACCAUCAACAAUAUAGAAAGAGACAAUGCCUUCAACACGGCAGUGGAAUGUGUCAAGGAGCCAGCAGAGAAACGCGCGACUGUUUGUCAGAUUGCUCGGGCAAUGAAGUGAACGCUUUAUGGUCGAUGGAACGUUCAGGCAUAACGAUCGGCGCUGUGGUGGGCAGUUGCGUGGUCGGCUUCCUAGUUGGCUUGGCCGUGACCGCAAUUCUAAGCUUCUACUAUCUGAAGCGGCGGCAGCAACGAAUUCCAGGCAGUCCUCAUUAUAUCAGCAAACAAAACUCCUACGUUACGGUUCCUAUGAAGGAGGUAAACACCAAGCGACAACCUAGUUUCUCUGGUAGUACAAACGGUAACGGAACUCUUCGUGGAAAGAAUAAUCCGAAUGUGAAUACUCUUGGAAGUCCUAAAUUAUAUCCAAAGAGUCUUGAUUACGAGUCUGCUACAUUGAAGCGCAACAGUCAUGGGCAGCAACAUAUUCGAGUCGAUCCGGAUCAAGACAAGUACUAUUGAGCGACUAAUGCGCAACACGCAUGAAGAAACGUAUAAAUUUAUUUCGUCAUCUAAUGAUUUCCGCGUUUCGA